CGAAGGGGCCGAAAACAUCGCCGGACUGGAGCUAGAAUGAACGGAAUGGUUUGGGGAUUCCUUCGUCACCUGCCACGCGUCAUGGAGUCCGACAGCAAAAGUUUCCAGCCCUGGCGAGACUACAUGGGACUGUGUGAUACAAUCAGAGAUAUCCUGGGUCGCAGCACCGUCUCCGAGUCCUCCCAGCCUGUGUCCAAAGCUCAUCACACGGAGUGUGACGACAUGAGUCGAGCUAUGGUAUCUGUGCGCUUUAACGCAGCUCGCCAAGGUGGCCUCGGAGCAGAGAGCGCGCCGGAUCCCUGCUCCCGCGAAUGUGCACUAAUGCGUUCCCCUGCUCGCACGGAUCCAGUGGAUGGUGUGGCGUACGCACCAAACGCAAUCGAUCUGAAAUUGAUGCAAAACCCGCCGGGCUCCCGGGGGCCAAAAGAUCGAAAGAAGACGAGUCGUUUCAAAACACCUGAGGCAGUCUUACCCACUCCUGAGCGCAUGUUCUGCAGCUUUUGUAAACACAACGGAGAGUCUGAGCUGGUCUACGGAUCCCAUUGGCUGAAGAACCAAGAAGGAGAUGUUUUGUGUCCCUAUCUGCGGCAGUACGUGUGUCCUCUGUGUGGAGCCACGGGAGCCAAGGCUCACACCAAGCGCUUCUGCCCCAAAGUGGACAGCGCAUACAGCUCCGUGUACGCCAAGUCCAGACGCUGA